AGAGUCGCAGCUUAUCUUUAGUUGUCAGUCGUCUUUUUCAACUACACUGCGGACGACACUACAACAUAGCUGUAUAGCGCAUAUUGUUACUGUCUGUUAGUGAGGAGUCUGAAGCCUUGAAGGACAGUCAGUUCUCUUGUGUUCUGAGUGUUGUCAUCAUGCUACGUAAUGUGCUACGCCAUUCUUCCUUUCUGAAAGCAGCAGCAAGAGCAAAUUUGCCAUCAGCAGCAGCCUAUUCUGCUCCUGCCAUCCCUGAACCAAUAACAUCACCAGACAUACCUUACACUGGGGUCUUCAUCAACAAUGAGUUCCAUAAAUCUGAGAGUGGGAAACAGUUCCCUACUAUUAACCCUGCCACUGGGGAGGUCAUCACUAUGGUGGAGGAGGGAGAUAAGGCUGAUGUUGAAAAGGCAGUAAAAGCAGCUCGACAGGCCUUUGAAUUAAACUCGGAUUGGCGCCAGAUGGAUGCAUAUGACCGAGGUCAGCUUUUAAAUCGGUUGGCUGACCUCAUCGAGCGUGAUGCAGUGUACCUAGCAAGUCUGGAGACACUCGAUAAUGGAAAACCAUACUCAAAUUCUUUCAUGGUUGAUGUAGCACUUGUUGUAAAGAAUCUCCGCUACUUUGCUGGCUGGGCUGACAAAAUUCACGGUCAGACCAUUCCCACUGAUGGUCCACACUUUGCAUACACUCGACAUGAACCAAUUGGUGUUUGUGGUCAAAUCAUCCCAUGGAACUUUCCUCUUCUUAUGCAAGCUUGGAAAUUUGGACCUGCUCUUGCUACAGGCAAUACCAUUGUUAUGAAAUUGGCCGAGCAGACCCCGCUGACUGGCCUGUACGUGGCAAAACUGGUAGCAGAAGCUGGCUUUCCUGCAGGUGUAGUUAAUGUAAUACCAGGGUAUGGUCCAAGUGCAGGUGCUGCCAUUGCUUCACACAUGGAUGUUGAUAAGGUAGCAUUCACAGGAUCCACAGAAAUUGGUCACCUGAUCCAGCAAGCAGCAGGCGCUAGCAACCUAAAGCGUGUUACAUUGGAAUUAGGAGGAAAGAGUCCGAACAUUAUUUUCAAGGAUGCUGACUUGGAUUAUGCUGUGGAACAGGCUCACUUUGGACUUUUUUUCAAUCAGGGUCAGUGCUGUUGUGCUGGAACAAGGAUCUUUGUUGAGGAUGCCAUCUAUGAUGAAUUUGUGGAGCGCAGUGUUGAACGUGCCAAAAUUCGUCAAGUUGGUGAUCCAUUUGACUUAAAGACUGAACAAGGACCACAGGUGGAUGAGGAGCAAAUGAACAAGAUUUUAUCUCUUAUUGAGUCUGGGAAAAAAGAAGGAGCCAAGAUGUGCUUUGGAGGCAAACGUGUAGGCGAGAAAGGAUACUUCAUUGAACCAACUGUUUUUGCUGAUGUGAAAGACAGUAUGCGCAUUGCUAGGGAGGAAAUAUUUGGACCUGUACAACAGAUCAUGAGGUUCAGUGAUAUAAAUGACGUGAUCAAACGUGCUAAUGCAACUGUAUACGGUCUAGCAGCAGCAGUAUUCACUAAAGAUUUGGACAAGGCUAACAUGUUUGCUCAAGGUCUCCGGGCAGGCACUGUAUGGAUCAACUGUUACGAUGUAUUGAAUGCUCAGACACCUUUUGGAGGCUACAAAAUGUCUGGCCAAGGGAGAGAAAACUCCGAGUAUGCCUUGCGUAAUUACUAUGAAGUCAAAGCUGUCAUUACAAAACUGCCUGUGAAGAAUGCAUAAAAUCGUUGCCAUAGAUUGAAAACUUAAAAGCAGAAAUUAUAAGGUGAGGUAAUGGUGUCAUCUUUAAGUGGAAAAGAAUUUUCCUUAACCAGUUUCAGGACUCCUCAGUUAUCAGUAUUAUUGAUAUAACUGUAAUGAGCAUACUAAAGAAAAUAAAGGAUGCUACUUAU